AUGCGCAGGCGUCUGCGUGUGCUUAAGCUGACCGAAUACAAACUCCUCCCUCGCCUCUUCUUCUCCCUCUCUCUCUAGAAAUUCAACCCUUCCUCUUUCUCUCUCUAGACCCGUUGAAGGGGGAGGAGAGCCCUCCUCUUCUUCUUCUUGGCUUGCCCACUGGAAUUUCUUCCUCUGCAAGUGAAAACCUUUUUCUGGUUCAGCCGCGUCGGAGCUCUUUCUUCGCCGAUCAUCAGACACUCUACUGGGAGUCCGCAAGCCCCUCUGCUCUCUGUAAACAGGUGCUGACGAGGUCGAUAGCUUUCCUUUAUCAUGGCCGGCCGCUACGACAACCCUUUCGAGGAGGAGGAAGUUAACCCCUUCUCUCAGGAUCCAGCAGUGAGGACCAAAACUUCCUCAAAAUAUGGAGGCGGUUCGUUGUACACAUCGAGUGCUGCUAGCGCACCCCCUGCGUCAAACUCGAGGCUUUCACCGCUCCCUCCUGAACCUGCAGACUUUUAUGACCGUAAUGCUACAGUCGAUAUUCCCCUUGAUACAUCCGGAUCAAAUUAUCAGGAUUUGAAGCGGAAAGAGAAAGAGCUCCAAGCUAAGGAGGCUGACUUGAAGAGGAGGGAACAGGAAGUUAGACGGAGAGAAGAAGCUGCAGCUCGAGCUGGAAUAGUCCUCGAGGAGAAAAAUUGGCCACCUUUCUUUCCCAUUAUCCAUCACGACAUUGCAAAUGAAAUACCGGUUCAUCUUCAGAGGAUACAAUAUGUCGCAUUUGCAACGUUUUUAGGACUGGCUCUAUGCCUAUUUUGGAACUUAAUAGCCAUUACUACAGCAUGGAUCAAGGGAGGAGGUGUGAAAGUCUGGUUCCUUGCAGUCAUCUACUUUAUUUCAGGGGUUCCAGGUGCUUAUGUGUUGUGGUACCGCCCACUUUACCGAGCUUUCAGGACUGAGAGCGCAAUGAAGUUUAGUUGGUUUUUCCUGUUUUAUCUCGUUCACAUCGCUUUUUGCAUUGUUGCUGCCGUUGCUCCUCCGAUAUUCUUCAAGGGAAAAUCUUUUACGGGCAUACUAUCAGCAAUUGAUGUCAUCGAUGCAACCGCUUUGGUUGGGAUAUUCUACUUUAUUGGCUUUGGACUGUUCUGCAUCGAAACUGUACUCAGCAUCUGGGUUAUUCAGCAAGUCUAUAUGUACUUCAGGGGAAGCGGAAAAGCUGCUGAGGUGAAACGCGAGGCUGCAAGGGGAGCAAUGAGAGCUGCACUGUGAAGACUGCACUAGACGAGCUGUUUGGGUGACUUAUAAUGUGUGUACGCAUAUAGGUUGUAAAUUUCGAGGAAUGAAACUACACAUUGUGCAGAUACUUUAAUACUUAGUUUGGGCGAGCUCGGGGUCUUAUCUUAUCCAUUUGUGAGUGUGAUGUUGCAUUUGUUUUCCUGGGAGCAAAAUCUGUAGGGAGCUUGAACUGUCAGUGAAUUCCUGAAAAGUUUGUUCAUGUAGAUCGUAUAAGUUCUUGUCUUUUUUGGUAAAAGGGGCAUAUAUUAAC